GAUCCCAAUGGCUAGGGCUCAGGCAUUUAACCUGGUACCGCUGAAGGGGGUGAAGCUAGGCGGCUCAAGUGCCCCGCACGCCCCGGCUAGGGCAAGAAACUGCCUCUGGCUUGUCCCGCAGGCUAAGGGCAGGGCUCCAGCAGCAAGUUGCACUCCGGCCAGUAGAGAAGGGAAGGAAGGGGGGGUUGUCUCGUGCCUGUAGCCCCCAACCCCCAAGUGACGAUGCUCUCCAGACCCUGGUGCAGCGUGGUGACUCCCCAGCUGCUCCUGGUGCUGCUGCUGCCGCCGCAUCUUCCUCGGGUUCAGAGCCACAGGGCCACUGGGCCGCGGUUUUUAAUAAGCGACCGUGACAGAGACCCACAAUGUAACCUCCACUGCUCCAGGUCCCAGUCCAAACCCCUCUGCGCCUCAGAUGGCCGGACGUACGAGUCAAUGUGUGACUACCAGAGAGCCAAAUGCAGGGACUCAGGUCUGAGUGUGGUGCAUCGAGGCAGAUGCAAAGAUGCUGGCCAAAGUAAGUGUCGAUUAGAGAGGGCUCAGGCCCUGGAACAGGCAAAGAAGCCCCAGGAAGCGGUCUUCAUUCCAGAAUGCAAUGAGGAUGGAUCAUUCACACAAGUGCAAUGCCAUACCUACACCGGAUACUGUUGGUGUGUCACUCCCGAUGGCAAACCCAUCAGUGGCUCUUCUGUACAGAAUAAAACUCCUGUAUGUUCAGGUUCAGUAACUGAUAAGCCAUCGAGCCAGGGUAACUCGGGGAGGAAAGUUUCUUUUCGGUUCUUUUUAACCCUCAAUUCAGAUGAUGGUUCGAAGCCCACGCCCACCAUGGAGACCCAGCCUAUUUUUGAUGGUGAAGAAAUCACAGCUCCCACACUUUGGAUCAAACACUUGGUCAUCAAAGAUUCCAAACUGAACAGCUCCAGUAUGAGAAAUUCAGAGAAAGUUCACUCAUGUGACCAGGAGAGACAGAGUGCCUUGGAGGAGGCCAGGCAGAACCCCCGUGAGGGUAUUGUCAUCCCAGAGUGUGCUCCUGGCGGGCUGUACAAACCUGUGCAAUGUCAUCAGUCCACAGGGUACUGCUGGUGUGUCCUGGUGGACACGGGGCGCCCCUUGCCUGGUACUUCUACCCGCUAUGAGACCCCAGUGUGUGAAAGUGAUGCCAGAUCGAAGAGCACAGAGAUUGACGAUCCAUUCAAGGACCGAGAGCUUCCAGGCUGCCCAGAAGGGAAGAAAGUAGAAUUUAUUACCAGCUUACUAGAUGCUCUGACUACGGACAUGGUACAGGCCAUUAACUCAGCUGCACCUGCUGGAGGUGGGAGGCAGGGCACAUCUGAGAGGAAAGAAGAAAAAUUAUAGUGGGUCUGUUUGUUUAUUUUUUUAAUGUCAGCUGAGGUGAUCAAAGUUGUGAGACAAAUUGCAUUUACUGUGUGGCCAUCACCACCCAUAUUAUAACUAUAGCAGCCAGAAUCACUCCAACUAAGCUUGCACAAUAGUUUCCAUUCUAACACCCUUCUCUGCUUUCUCAUAACUUUACGACACUUUCAUCUUUCAGGCUGAAAUUUCCAGUGCUUGCUGUCUGCCCAAAUAGGCUGUCGCUGCCACCCCACUUUUAUUUUAUUUUUUUAAGUUUGAGCAAAAAUAGCCAAUGGUCUGAAGCAAAUGUAAAAUCAUUGCUGAUAACAUUUCUGGAUGACACAAAGAUUCGCAGACUGGUACAUGAUCAUGAGGAUAGGGCAGUCCUAAUGAGUAGAGCUGGGCAGGAAAUAGUUUUCUCAUCCCGCUGAAAUGUUUGAGAUUUCAAAAAUGUUCCUGUUCGGUAUCAGGACCAAACCAAGACCAAUUGAAGUUUUUUGAUGUAAAAAGAGACAGAAAGCUAAAAAGUCUGUUUUGGAAUACCCAAUAGCCCAAUGGUUAGGGCACUUGCAUGGGAUUCGGGAGACCCAGGUUUAAGUCCCAACUCUGCCUGAUUCAGACCAAGGAUGUGAAUCUUGAUCUCCCACAUCCCAGGUGAGUACCCUGACUACUGGGCUGUUGGCCAUUCGGAGGGUGGGGUCCUCUCUCCAUCCUAGACCUGAGAAACUUUUCCCAAUGGUAGCUACAUGAAAACUGGUGUAUGUUCCCUCAAAGAUUUGGUUUCAGGGAAUUGGCAUUUUCCAAGGAAAAACUGUUUCAUUGAAAAUUUCCUGAUCAACUCUAAUAGAGUAAUUUGUAACAGCCCAGAAGUGAAUUAUGCAAAAGAAAUUGUCAAAUAAAAGCUUUAAGAAUAGGUUUUGUAGUUUAUUUUAUUCUCCCUGGUUUUUAAGGUUCGUUUGUAUUUAUUAUUUCAGGUUUCCCAAGGCCUUGGGGAAGGGCCUUCCCUUCAAAUAUCUAUUUUUUAUCACUUGUAAAGCUGCUUGAGAAGCUUGCCAGUGAUCACCAUCUUCCCCCAGACUCUGAUCAUGACCUUCCAUGCCAUGCUGUAGACUUCCCCUCCUUACCAUUCUGAAUUAAAGUGCAGAUUGAUGAGGUGGUUGUUUUUCACUUACCUAAACAGCAGUAUCUGCUUUGUAGAAGGAUGCUGAGAAGGCUGGAGGGCCCAAAAUACGGCAGCCCUUUCUGUCCCCCAGCUGCGCAACAGAGAUGAUGUCAUCCUUGCCCUUUUCAAAUGGAUCCCUGAUACAGAAGAGACCACUAGUCUCUAAAACUGUCACCAGUCUUGUUUCAAUGUCUUCAGAAGCUUCACCUAUAAUGGGAUUGAACCUAGGUAUUUAUACUGCACCCACAACCAUAGACCCACACAGGAAUCUGAAUUUAUAAUUCACCCAACCUUCCUGUCACCAUUAGGGUGGAGUAAAACAGCAUGCUUGGAUCUGGGCUGCACUUCUGGAGGUCGUCUUACAGCAGUAAGCCAGAGGUAGAGCACUAGGCGGCAGUGCAGCCAUGUAAUGACUGCCCACCAGCUACUUUCUGGGGAGGGCUGGCUGAGCUACUUCACUCUUGAGAAAGAGACUAAAGUCUUUGCCCAGGUUUAGUCUUAAUCUGUCUUGGCCCCUUCUCUACCCCCACUUGCAGAGGAAAGAAAAACGGAGGCCACCUCUGGAAGCUAUUCAGUUUUUAUAGCAUCAUUCCCUUGAACACAUUUUGUUUCCUCCUUAUUGAGAACUGUUUAUUUGCUGCUGUUAGAUAGGCAGCAUGCGGUGCACCAGACACUGUUUGUUUUUGUUUUUGUUUUUGUUUUGUUUUGUUUUUUAAAUGGCUCCACAAAAACAGUGGCUAUUUUCCUCACCAUUCUUCUCUGGUGAAAUAAUGAUUUGAAAUUGAAAGCUGCUGGUCCUGACCCCUUGAUUUUUCAUCACAGUUUUUCUUUCUCCCUCGCUCUGCUCCUUUUUUCACAGAUGCAGAAUGUGAACCCACUAGUGUUGCAUCGAACCUGCAAUGUUGGAGUUUGAAAUGAGGCAAAAUGAGUUUGCCUAUUCCUUCUUAAUGGAUUUGUGGCCUGCUGCAGUAUUGAAUAGUGCCUUAAAACAAUGUGAAAACAGUUUUAAAAAAUGCAGUGAAUAAAAUACGUGAGGCAAGAUCACAUAAACAGACACAGCAAAAUUGUCCAAAGACUUUUUCAAAUAAAUAAAUGCAUCUUGCAUUAAAUCAAUUUGAAGAGUUGGAUCUUGUUCCUAGUGAUUGGGGUCCACAUCAUAUAAACCACUGUCACAUUUGGCACUAAGUGUUCCCUUCGCCAGCAGUCUCAGCUGAGAGACCAAGGACUAAAUGGGCCAUGAAGACGGAACUGUAAUCUCACUCAAGAGCCCUCUGGGAUAAGGCUGAGGCACAGUGCUUGGGAGAAAGUGGUAGGGAAGUUUGUAUUGCUGCUGCCCGGGUGAUCCCUGCUUGGUGGAUACAGAAAGGAUGUCGGUCAUUAGGGCUGUCCAUCUGUUACGUUUCAGUGGUGCGCAAAUUCUUUGUCUGUUUAUGCCUCUCCCAAACCAGUGCUAGUCGAUGAAACUUAAGUAUAGAGGGAGGAGUUUUGAAACCUGUGAUCACAGAGGAUCAUUUACCCAGGGUACCUAGCCUACUCUAGAAAUAACAGCCUUCCAGACCAAGAAUCUGCUUCUCCUGGUCAUAGGAGGCAAAAUACAAUACAGGUUGUCAUAAACGGAGAAAGGGAUGUGGCUGGGCAAAAGGCACUUAGUCAUUAACAAGAGCAUCCCGGUUGUUUGGGGGCCUGUGUAUUUUGUU